AUGGUGUUUCGUACCAGAGGAGGAAUUGUGUCAGCGGUUACCCGCGUCCAGAAUUACAUCAAUGGCCUCUCAGAUGCUUCAGAUGAAGAAAUCAACUUCAUUGGUUACAAGGCCAACCUCAUCAGUCAGCUCAACCUGGUGAAAGCAAUGAAAGCCAAAUACAUCGGCAUCCAGGAUGAUAUCAUCAAAGGUCUACCAGAUGGGGCUACAAAGGAAGCAGAAAUCGUUUCCAAAGAGGAUUUUAUUGAGCGUUGUGAUGAUUUGAUUAAUCAGAUUGAUACGCUCAUUCUUGAAGCACCACAAUCCUCUUCAGAUGACUCCAAAAGGGAUCCUUUGUCCACGAGUGACAUGGCAAAGUUCUUCACUGCCUUCAUAACCCAAGCUGAGCAGAGACACCAACAACAGAUGGAGUUGCUUUUGAGCACUCUGACAAACACAGCAAGUACCAAUGAUACUAACACAUAUUGCAAAACUACUAAAUUGCCUCAAACAAAAUUGCCCACCUUCGAUGGCAAACAUGCCUCUUGGAAAUCGUUCAAAGAUAGAUUCACUUCCUCUGUGAUCAAUGUACCUAACAUUACUAAUGUUCAGAAAUUAGACUACCUGAUGUCCGCCGUAUCAGGAAAUGCUGAAGCUUGCAUUAAAAAGCUCAGCAUGACGGAUGAGAAUUUUGCGGUUGCGUGGAAAAUCCUUGAGGACAAAUUUGACGACAAAAACGAGAUCGUGUCAGAGUAUAUUAAAACCUUUUUUGCAAUGCCACGCAUGUCUUCUUCGGGCGCCCAGGCCAUUCAAGAGAUUACCAACGUUUUCACUGAAUGCACGAUGGCAUUGGACGCCAUGGAUGUAUCACAAAAGGAUCCUUGGUUAAUACAAUAUACGUUAGACCGCCUAGAUUCAGAGUCUCGCGUUCUUUGGGGUCGUCAAUGUGGCACCGAGGUGCCCACUGUGAAUGCUUUCAUAAAAUUUCUUGACCAGCGUUGCAAGGAUGUCAAGAAUUCUUCCUCAAGUUCCUACAAACCCUCAUCCAACACUUCUCAGAACUCUCGACCUAACAAGCCUCAGCUCCCAAAGAGGCAAGCCACUGCUCUCACAAAUUCUGCAAAUGCUUCUUCUUGCCGCUGCUGUUCCGAAUCGUCUCACCCUCUCUACAAAUGUCCUAAAUUUCUCAAUCAAACUCCUGGGGAGCGAUUCGAAACUGUCAAAACUUUGAGUCUGUGUAGAAACUGCUUCGCUACACACUUGACUCACUCUUGCACUUACCACAAGUGCCGAAAGUGCCAAGGACGGCACAACAUCCUUCUGCAUGACAAGUAUGCUUCUGACUCAUCCAAUCGCACUGAUCCUGCUUCAUCUUCUGCGAAUUCUGCAUCAAACUCCGGGUCUCCUUCCUCAAAUCAUACUUCGGAUUCGUCCGCUGUCGUCGCUGUAUGUGCUUCGUCAGAAAGUGAUCACUCUGAUUUACCUCCGAGGGUCUUCCUCGCGACGGCUUUGGUCAAUAUUCUCACGGCAAACGGCGAGAUGAUUCCCUGCCGCAUUAUCUUAGAUGGGGGAGCCCAGGUGAAUAUUAUGACGUCAGACUUAGCUCAACGCUUGAAUCUGCCGAGAUUUGCUUCUCGAUUGUCAAUUGCUGGGGUAAAUUCCACUCGAUCUCGUGCACGAUUCUAUGUGAAUGCAACCAUCCUUUCGAGGACUUCGGAUACGCAAUUCACCUUGAAAUGCUUCGUUUUGCCUAGUGUCGCUGGCAACAUUCCAAACUGGCCUGUCGACACCUCCAUGCUUCACAUUCCUCAUGAAGUUGCUUUAGCCGAUCCUGAUUGGGCGGUGCAAAGGCCUGUGGAUUUACUCAUAUGCGGCAACCAUUAUUGGGCAAGUUGGUUAACCGACUCUAUAAGCUUGGGCCCAGGAUUGCCAAUCCUCAAAGAGACUGUCUUCGGCCAUGUUGUGGUCGGAGAACAAGAGCCUAUACCUCCACCCGAGAGCUUUGCCUUCACCGCCACUGCCUUGGAUCAAUCUAUUCGACGUUUCUGGGAGAUUGAAGAUGCGUCUGAACCUACAUCAGGGACUGAUGACCAAAUUGCCGCUGAAAAUCAUUUUGCUUCUACUCACCAGCGCAAUGAAGAUGGAAGAUUCAUCGUCCAACUCCCCUUCAGAGAGGAUCCGCGUGUGCUUGGAGAAUCUAGACCGCUUGCCAUCCGGCAUUUUCUCGCAUUGGAGCGCAGGUUUGACAAGAAACCUGCCAUGCGUACGGCUUACCGUGACAUUCUACAUGAUCAGCUUCGGAGAGGAUGGAUAGAACCUGUACCCCAUGACGACUCCAACGUGAGUCCUGCUUAUUACAUGCCUCAUCAUGGCGUGUACAAGGAAUCCUCUACCACCACAAAGUUACGGAUCGUUUAUAAUGCGAGUGCUAAAACAUCAUCUGGAUCUAGCCUCAACGAUUUGUUACGCAUUGGACCGGUAGUUCAACCAGAUCUCGCCACCAUCUUACUUCGCUUUAGAAAACAUCCAUAUGCCAUGACUGCAGACAUAAGUAAGAUGUAUCUACAGGUCAUGCUAGAUCCCUCUCACGCAAACUUUCAACGCUUCGUCUGGCGAGAUGAAAAAUCACAACGCAUUCAGGAUUUCCGCAUCACACGUGUAUGUUUCGGAGUGGCAUCGUCCCCUUUUCUAGCCACUAGGGCGCUUAUUCAAUUGGCUCAGGAAAGUGAGAGGACCCAUCCACUUGCAUCAGAGGCACUUCGAAACUCAUUCUACGUGGACGACUGCAUAAUCUCAGUAGAAUCCUUGCCUAAGGCGCAUGAAAUCCAGAAUCAGCUUAUUGAAGUUUUGAAAGGUGGUGGGUUUCUGCUCACCAAAUGGAUUGGAAAUCAUGCAGAACUGCAACCAUCACCAUCCACAGAAGAUGACACAGUCCAUAUCAAUGACUCGUCCACUAGUACUUUGGGAAUCUCAUGGGACUCGAAACUAGAUGCAUUUUCAUUUCGUUCUCCCAUUUCCCCUGAUGAAGUCUGCGAUACAAAGAGGAAAGUCCUUUCGGCCAUAGCAAGGUUGUUCGAUCCCCUAGGAUUGAUUGGGCCCAUUGUCAUCGUAGCGAAGAUGAUUUUGCAGGACGCUCACAGCCUCAAGAUUGGAUGGGAUGAUCCUAUCCCAGAUUGGUUAGGCCUGAGGUGGAAUGCCUUUGUCUCUGACUUGCAGCAUCUCAAUCAACUCAGCAUUCCACGUUGGGUCUCACACAUUCCUGCACCCGUUCGCACCGAACUCCAUGCUUUCGCUGAUGCGAGCCAAAGAGCAUAUGGGGUGGCGAUUUACUUGGUGAAUAGUGAUGAAGAAGGAGCUGUUAGUUCUCGACUUUUGAUUGCCAAGUCUCGAGUUGCCCCUAUCACUCGGCAAACGAUUCCUAAAUUAGAGCUUUGUGGCGCGCAUCUCGCUGCUGAACUGGCUACGCGAGUGAGGAAACAAUUUGAUCCCGACGAUGUCUUUUUCUGGACAGAUUCAACCAUCGUGUUGUAUUGGCUCAAUGGCUCUUCAGAUCACUACAAUCGAUUCGUGAGCAAAAGGGUUAAGGAGAUUUUGAUGAUGUCAACAGCCUCUCAAUGGCGUCAUGUACCCACAUCUUGUAACCCCGCUGACAUCAUAUCCAGGGGAGCCACACCAAUACAACUUGAGGAGUGCUCCUUAUGGUGGCAUGGACCAGAAUGGGUGAAGCAAUCCAAGGAAAAUUGGCCUCCGGAAUUCCAACAAUUUGGCAUUCCUGCUAAUUCUCUGCCAAUAGUCCUAACAGAAACCGGAGAGGAUCAAUCUGAGUCGCUGCUUUCCAAAUUAUUAUUGCGUCACUCGUCAUUGUCAAAGCUUCAGCGCAUCAUCGCGUACUGCCGCAGAUUCAUCACUCCCAAGGAGAGACGACAGCAAGGCAUUUUAUCUCCCGAGGAGCUUAACAAAGCAUUGGAGCGCUUGAUCUUCAUGGAUCAGAGUGAGAAUUUUCCGGGAGUCGCUGGAAAUAUUCUAAGGCGGGGCAGAAUUACACUGUCACAGUUCAAAUCCUUAUCGGCAUUGACUCCAUUUGUUGAUUUUGGGGGAUUAAUCAGAGUGGGUGGUCGCCUGGAGAAUUCCGACAUGCCAUUCCAAUCUAAACAUCCACUCCUCCUCCCCAAGUCUCCACUCACAAAGCUCAUAGUCCGGAACGAACAUCUCAAACAAUGCCAUGCUGGACCUUCACUGCUUCUAGCCACACUGAGACAAAGAUUCUGGCCUUUGUCCGGCAGGAAUGUUGUUAGGAAGAUUGUUCACGACUGCAUUCGAUGUACACGCGCGAAUCCGCGCCCUUUGCAACAGUUGAUGGGAGACCUCCCUCAACACCGUGUCACGCUCGAUCGUCCGUUCCAAAUCACUGGGGUGGAUUAUGCAGGUCCCAUUAUGUACCGUCCCUCGGUACCCCGGGGAGCGAUUGAGAGAAAACUGGGACUGCAGAAGGGCUAUAUUGCUGUGUUUAUAUGCAUGGCUACAAAGGCGGCCCACAUAGAGUUCGUGACAAGCCUCUCAACUGAGUCAUUCUUGGCUGCUUUCCGCAGAUUUGCUUCCCGAAGAAAUACGCCAGCACAAAUGUAUUCCGACUGUGGAACGAAUUUUGAAGGAGCAUCGCGGGAGCUAGCCAAACUUUUCCGUCAGGAACAAACGCAACAGGAGAUCGUAGAGGGAACUCGUGAAACUGGGACAACCUGGCACUUCAUCCCUGGACGUGCGCCUCACCAUGGUGGCCUAUGGGAGGCCUGUGUCAAGAGCGUAAAGUAUCAUUUGACCAGAGUUGUCCAACACACCAAUUUCGCAUACGAGGAGCUGUGCACAAUCCUGUGCCAGAUAGAAGCCAUCUUGAACAGCCGCCCGAUAUCCCUCAUCUCUGACAAUCCCAACGAAAAGGAGUUCUUGACACCAGGACACUUUCUUACAGGUGUCCCAGGAAACUUCCCACCAGACCCAAAUGUCACGCAGAUUCCAGAGAACCGUUUGAAUUUAUGGCAGAUUUGUCAACAACGUGCUCAACACUUUGGGAAAAAAUUUCGUCUACUCUAUCUAAACACGUUGCAACAAAGGUCAAAGUGGAGACACAAUCAGCAAAACGUGAAGGUUGGCGAAGUAAUUUUAUUUCUCGACGAGACGCAGUCCGGAAGUAAAUGGGUACUCGGCCAGGUAUCAGCGGUUCAUCCGGGAAAGGAUGGGAAGGUGCGUGUGCUUACAAUUCGCACUCCAAGAGGAACCUACACACGUGCAAUCACCAAGACGGCACGCCUUUCACUGGAUGGGAACAUUUUGUGUUCCAAUCAAUCGUAA